AUGGCUAUCCUGUUCGCUGUUGUGGCCAGGGGCACAACCAUCCUGGCCAAACAUGCCUGGUGUGGAGGAAACUUCCUGGAGGUGACGGAGCAGAUCCUGGCGAAAAUACCAUCUGAAAACAACAAACUGACCUAUUCCCAUGGGAAUUAUCUGUUUCAUUACAUCUGCCAGGACAGGAUUAUAUACCUCUGCAUCACGGAUGACGACUUUGAACGAUCCAGAGCCUUCACCUUCCUGAAUGAAAUCAAGAAGAGGUUUCAGACCACGUAUGGCUCCAGAGCCCAGACAGCCCUUCCCUACGCGAUGAACAGCGAGUUCUCCAGUGUCUUGGCUGCACAGCUGAAAUACCACUCGGAGAGCAGGGGCACUGACCAGGUGGCAGAGACACAAGCUCAAAUCGACGAACUUAAAGGAAUCAUGGUUCGAAACAUAGAUCUUGUGGCACAAAGAGGAGAGAAGCUGGAGCUGCUGAUCGAUAAAACAGAGAAUCUUGUGGAUUCGUCAGUCACUUUCAAAACUACCAGCAGGAACCUGGCUAGAGCCAUGUGUAUGAAGAACCUCAAGCUCACCAUCGUCAUCAUCAUUGUAUCGAUUGUCAUCAUCUAUAUCAUCGUGUCGGCUGCCUGCGGCGGGCUGGCCUGGCCGAGCUGCGUGCGGAAGUGACAGGAGGCAGCUGGUGCUGGUCACUCGGAGAUGAGCAUCCCGGGAGUGGGAAGAAGCGACCUGCAGAAUAACUCUUAAUCUUUCACUACUGACACCUUCUCAUUCUUCCAUCCCUCCAGGACUUUGGACUUUUUUGCCUUAUCACCCCAAGCAGGCCCAGCUGGUCUCUGCUUCUGUGCAGCUCUAACCUCCAGAAUGGGCUGGUUUCAAUUACUUGAAGGAAUUUUUUUUUUUUUAGUUUCUUUUUCUGUCCCAACUCCAACCUUUCCCGCGGGGUGGGUGGUACGUCCAGCUCCGGAGGGUUGUGUGCAUGCUCGUCCGUGUGUCCAUGUAGCUUUGCACUUUGAUGUGAGCGUGCAAGCGGAGAGCAGCGCUGCUGGAACUGUCCUGCACAGGAGGAUG